AUGCGCAGAGCGGCUCGAUUUAGCAGCUGUAUUUCCUGCUUGCUGUUUCCACUCGAAGCGAUGGCAGAAGUGAAAGCUUCCCUGGUUUGUGGCGUUGUAGCGGCUUUCCUGUGUUCAGCGGUGCUUGCAUUUGUCGAAGAUCUAGAUGACACAUUUAAAGACACCAGAGUGAACGAUAUCUGGCUGGUUGACUUCUAUGCGCCGUGGUGCGGCUACUGCAAAAAACUAGAGCCAGUAUGGCACGAUGUGGGAGUGGAGCUGAAGAGCUCCGGGUCGCCGGUCCGCGUGGGAAAGAUGGAUGCAACUGCUUACUCUGGAAUGGCGUCAGAGUUCGGUGUUCGCGGUUACCCCACAAUAAAACUGUUAAAGGGUGAUCUUGCCUACAAUUACAAGGGACCAAGGACAAAAGACGAUAUCGUAGAGUUUGCCAACAGGGUGGCGGGUCCAGCCGUCAGGGCGCUUCCCAGCAAGCAGAUGUUCGAGCACAUGUUGAAACGACAUGAUGUGCUUUUUGUGUAUGUUGGUGGGGAGUCUCCCCUCAAAGAGAAGUACAACGACGUCGCCUCUGAGCUCAUUGUCUACACCUAUUUCUUCUCGGCUUCAGAGGAAGUCUUUCCAGAGUCACUAACUUUGCCGGAGCUUCCUGCGGUUGUAGUCUUUAAGGACGGGGCCCACUUUACCUACGAUGAGUACGAAGACGCUAGUUUGUCUUCGUGGGUGAACAAGGAGCGAUUCCAAGGAUACCUUCAGAUUGAUGGCUUCACACUGUAUGAGCUCGGAGAAACAGGCAAAUUGGUGGCGAUUGCAGUCAUCGAUGAGAAGGACCCCACAGAGGAGAGUGGCAGAUUAAAGACCUUGAUCCAGAGGGUGGCGAAGGAAUACAGAGAACAUUUUAACAGGGACUUCCAGUUUGGCCACAUGGAUGGGAACGACUACAUUAACAGCCUCAUUAUGGGCGAGGUGACGGUGCCCUCCGUUAUCAUCCUCAACACAUCCAACGAGCAGUACUUCCUGCCCAGUGAGCCGAUCGAGACCAUGGAGCAGCUGGUCCAAUUCAUCAACGGCGUUCUGAACGGUUCUGCACAGGCAUAUGGAGGUGACGGCUUCAUCCAGAGGAUCAAACGUGUCGCCUUUGAUGCCAGAUCCACCAUUAUGUCAGUGUUUCGCAGCUCUCCGCUGUUGGGCUGCUUCCUCUUCGGCCUACCGCUGGGCGUAAUUAGCCUGAUGUGCUACGGCAUCUGCACAGCUGAGUCCGAUGACGGUUCGGAUGACAUAGAUGCGCUCAAGAGGGAGGGCCUGACUGACGAAGAGGAGGAAGAGGAGGAGGAGGAGAGGCAACGCGCCGCUGAGCUGGAGGGCCCCGAAGAGGGCGAGAACGAGGAAGACGAUGCCGGGGAGAAGGAUCCCGAGGAGAAGAAAACCGAUUAACACAGGGGCACCCGCCGGAUAGAGGAUGAUAGGCCUAGUCAAAUGCAGUGACAUGAAACUCAAAGACAUAUCAGUGUAUUACGAUUCUGCUUCUUUGUCUUUCAUAUCACUUCCCCUCGAAAGCCCCUCUAGCACAGACUGUUCUCCCAUCUUUGAGUCCUGUGUUUAAGGUCAGCUGCUCAGUGAAGCAAUCGUUAAAAACUAACGGCCUUUUUAACCCUUUGAAACCUGGAUCAACAUCACUUUUCUUGUGCUGCGUUUCGACGCCUUUCAUAAUUAUUAAAACCCGAGCAAAUUGAUUUGAAAUCUGUCAAAAACACAAAAACUCUUUUUUUUUUUCUUUUGAUGGUCUUUGUGACUGUGCAGUGUACUUCUGAGGACAGUUUGGUCCACAGAUUUUGAAGCAAAGUGAGCGCUCUUGACUUUUCAUGCUACUCUUUGGCACAGAGAGCGAAGGAGGAGAGACUUUGCACCGUAAGUCUGAGAUAGCAUUAUUAACAUUAUUUUCUCUCUUCUGCUUUAAAACUAACAGCUCACAGCAACUUAUUACGACAGUCUCUGGCUUUUGUUUCAUAUCUAGUGUUGGCAAAAUUGUUGUUGCAUAUUUCUAAUCCGCCAUACGCGCAGUUAGCUUGUUUACUGUAUGACGUGAUUGCCACUGUUACUCUGAGUGUCUGGCAGAGCUCCAUUCAAACUUUAAUUUUCUUUUCUUUUUAUUUGGAAAAAAAAGCAUAUUGAACAGCUGACUGACAUAAUCCUGAGUCGGGUACAGCUCGAAUAAUUCUAAUUAUAUAUUUCAAAUAGUGGUACAGAAUUAUUAUGUCUCUCUGAGGUAUUUUUUCUGGUCUUGUCUUUCUGUUGUUGUUGCUAAUUUUCAGGUAUUUUUCUUGUACUUUUUU